AUGGAGACGCUCAGGAACAUGUUCGCAAAGCCAGACCCCCAGGCCCAAUUUCGAAAAUGCAACGCGCUCCUCCGCGCCAACAUGCGCAAGCUCGACCGCGACAUCUCGGCCAUCAAGCAGACCGAGACCAAGACCAAGAACCUGAUCAUCGCAGCCAACAAGCGGGCGCAGCGCGGCGACCCGUCCCGGCAGAAGCAGGCGCAGCGGGAGGUGCGCGACUUCGCGCGCGAGCUGAUCCGCACGCGCAAGGCCGGCGACCGCCUCGUCACCGGCCGCGCCCAGCUCGCCAGCGUCCAGAUGCAGGUCAGCGAGGCCUUCGCGCUGCGCCGCAUCGAGGGGAGUAUUAAGGCGAGUGUGGGGAUCAUGAAGGAUGUGAAUUCGCUUAUUCGGCUGCCGCAGUUUGCGCAUACCAUGCAGGAGCUGAGUGUGGAGCUGAUGAAGGCGGGGAUUAUUGAGGAGAUGGUGGGGGAGGUGCUGCCGGAUGAUGCGGAUAUGCUGGGGGAGGAGGAGGAGGAGGCUGAAGGGGAGGUGGAUAAGGUGCUAGGGGAGAUUCUCAAGGACCGGAUGGAGACGGCUGGUCCUUUGCCCAGCGUGCCGCUGCCGCAGCAGCAGAAACAGGUGCCGGCCCAGAAGCAGCAGGCGCAGGUGGAGGAGGAGGACGAGGAGGAGGAUACCGAGGCCAUGAUGGAUCAGAUGCGGAACCGGUUGGAGGCGCUGAGGAGUUAG